AUGACAAUCUAUCAGAACUCCCUCGGGCUGAACGCGAUCAAUGCUCGGAUUAUUGCCGCGUGCCAAAAUACCGCAUACAUGAUCGUGGCGUGCAUUGCCAUCUUCACUAUUGAACGAAUUGGACGACGCAAGUUCCUGAUGAUCGGAUCAGCUGGACAAAUGAUUCCAAAGGUUCUUCUCACUGGCACUGUAUGGGCAGCCACGCGUUACAACUGGAAAUUCGGUAUCGCGGCCUCGUUUUUCAUCGUCACCUUCAACGCCUCAUUCAUCCUAAGCUGGCUCGGUAUGCCCUGGUUGCAUCCCGCCGAGAUCGUGAACCUGGAGUUUCGCGCCACUAUCAAUGGACUCAGAACUGCGACCGAUUGGGUGAUCAAUUUCAUGAUCGUGAAGAUGAUCACCCUUGUCUCCUUCAACAGUAUCGGCAUCUAUACUUAUGCGAUUUUCGCGGCGAUGAACGGACUGAUGUUCUUCGUGGUCUAUUUUUUUGUACCCGGAGACGGCCAAUCAGUCUCUGGAGGAGAUUGA